UGCAUGUGCUCCACUUUGCAUGGUUCAAAGUUCCUUAUCACAAGCGACGGGUAAAGGGGCCACGGCGGGACGGAGAAACCAAUGGCCUCUACUCUACUGCGAGUCUCGCUAUCCAUUCACGUCCAGGGGACGAGCAAUUCAUGCCGGAAAAGUUUCAAGGGAACUAGGACAAACUAUUCGAUGGUUUCAGCAUGCAUGUCCGAUGAUCCCCACGUGCUGGAAGCGGCCAAACAUGCCGUGAAUACUUAUGUAAAAAGUGGAAUGGUGGUGGGAUUAGGAACCGGCCGUGCUUCCACAUUGAUCAUAAAAGAAUUGGGUCAGCAGCUUAAAGUUGGAAAUUUGAAGGACAUAGUGGGAGUUCCAAUGUCUACCUCCGGUGCAACUGAAGCAGCAAAAGCAGGAGUCCCUUUGGACAACAACAUUCAUACAACAGAUUUUGCGUUUGAUGAUGCAGAUGCAAUAGAAGAAGGAACAGUUGCUGCUGUCAUUGGACGUAGAAAACUACAGGAGUCUGAAUCUAUUAUACUGGAGAAGUCUAUAUUGAAGGCAACAGAUAACCUGGUAUUGAUCAUCAAUAAACAAAAGUAUGUUGGGAAGCUUGAUGGCUCCAUUCCUGUUUUAGUUCGCACUGCUGGGUGGAUGGAAACUGCAGAACAGAUUGAUGAUACGUUCUUAGGAGAUGCAGAGGUCUGGAGAAGAUCGUCUUAUGGACAUGCUGGACCAUUAGGAGGGGACUUCCCCUUGGUAACAAAAGAAGGACACAAUAUUCUUGAUGUCAUAUUCACAUCCCCCAUCAUGGACCUAGCAAAAGUAGCGAAAAGCCUGGAGAAGAUAGAUGGGGUUGUGGACCAUGGGAUUAUAUAUGGGAUUCCCUGCCGUGCUGUAAUAGCUUCUAGACAGGGACUGGAAACUGUUACAAAUUUGGCAAGGAAUGCCGUGAGGUCAUAGAUCUGAUAUCCAUUUGCUGGUUGGUCAACUGUGAGUUCACAAUGUUUCUAGGAACUGCUGAUAUAAGAAUGUGUUCAUUUCUUGCACAUUGGUAUUGCAUUAUGAGAUAACAUCAGAAGCUUUUCUCUGCAAGAUAGUUUGUUACUUUAUAUGCAUUAGAGAGGCAAGUCACCAUAUGAUGACCAUGAAAGCUCUGUACUAUUUAUGUUUUUUCUUCUUUUUUUUUUCUUAAACACUUUUUGUGCACUUGAAAUUCCAGUGUACUCACCUUUGUUUUGUAUAUAUUUCUUGAUUGAUUGACUAUGCCAAAGAAGA